CGUAUAAAGAAAAAGAGCACACGCUGCAAGGGCUUUUCAAGAAUCCUCUAGUAUGGCUAAGAGAAGCUGCCGCCGCUUGCAUCAGGUUAUAUCUUUUUUCGCGUUUGUCUUCGGAGCAAAUGUCUGCAUGGGAUUUACAACAAAUCGCUUUAGGAGAUCCGAAGAGUGGGAUGAGGGCCCGGUCUCAGUCCUGUCAGAUUCCUCCUGGAUCAGUACCUCUGGCUCCUGCAAAAACAGAUGCUUUGAACUUCAAGAGGCAGAGCCUCCUGGCUGCCGCUGUGACAACCUGUGCAAGAGCUACAACAGCUGCUGCUUCGACUUUGAUGAUCUGUGCUUAAAGACAGCUCGGGGCUGGGAAUGCACCAAAGACCGCUGUGGAGAAACCAGGAAUGAUGACAAUGCUUGUCACUGCUCUGAAGACUGCUUAAGUAAAGGAGAUUGUUGUACUAAUUACCAAGUCGUUUGCAAAGGGGAAACCCACUGGGUAGAUGAUGACUGUGAAGAAAUAAAGACUCCUGAAUGUCCAGCAGGCUUUGUUCGUCCUCCUUUGAUCAUCUUCUCUGUUGAUGGUUUCCGUGCAUCAUAUAUGAAGAAAGGGAGCAAGGUCAUGCCAAAUAUUGAAAAACUGAGAUCUUGUGGAACACAUUCUCCUUAUAUGAGACCUGUAUACCCUACAAAAACCUUCCCCAACUUGUACACCCUUGCCACUGGACUCUAUCCUGAAUCACAUGGAAUCGUUGGCAAUUCGAUGUAUGACCCAGUGUUUGAUGCCAGCUUCAAUCUUCGAGGGCGAGAGAAAUUCAAUCACAGAUGGUGGGGAGGUCAACCAAUUUGGAUUACUGCAGCCAAGCAAGGAGUGAAAGCUGGCACGUUCUUCUGGUCUGUUGUCAUCCCUCAUGAACGCAGAAUAUUAACAAUACUGCAGUGGCUAACCCUUCCGGAUAAUGAAAGGCCUUAUGUUUAUGCUUUCUACUCUGAACAACCAGAUGCUGCUGGCCACAGAUAUGGUCCUUUCAACUCAGAGGAGAGUAGUUAUGGCUCCCCUCUUACUCCGCCUAAGAGACCUAAGAGAAAGCUUGCUCCUAAGAGGAGACAGGAAAGACCAGUUGCAGCUCCAAAGAAAAGAAGAAGAAAAGUACAUAAAGUGGAUCAAUAUGCUGCGCAAGCUCGCCGGAAGAAAAUGAUGGUAAACCCCCUGAGGGAGAUCGACAAGACAGUUGGACAACUCAUGGAUGGACUGAAACAGUUGAAACUACACCGAUGUGUCAAUGUCAUAUUUGUUGGUGAUCAUGGAAUGGAAGACACUACUUGUGAAAGAACUGAAUUUUUAAGCAACUAUCUGACUAAUGUGGAAGAUAUUAUUUUGUUGCCUGGAUCUUUAGGGCGAAUUCGCCCUAGGUCUAGCAGUAAUCUGAAAUAUGACCCUAAAGUGAUUGUUGCCAACCUUACAUGUAGAAAGCCAGACCAGCACUUUAAGCCUUACUUGAAACAGCACCUUCCUAAACGCUUGCACUACGCUUACAACCGAAGAAUUGAGGAGGUCCAUUUACUCGUGGAUCGCAAAUGGCACGUGGCAAGGAAAGCUGUGGAUGUUUACAAGAAGCCGACAGGAAAAUGUUUCUUCCAUGGAGACCAUGGCUAUGACAACAAGAUAAACAGCAUGCAGACUGUCUUUAUAGGUUACGGCCCUACAUUUAAAUACAAGACCAAAGUACCUCCUUUUGAAAAUAUUGAACUUUACAAUGUCAUGUGUGAUUUGCUUGCAUUAAAGCCUGCUCCCAAUAAUGGAACUCAUGGAAGUUUAAAUCACUUGCUGAGAGCCAAUGUUUAUAAACCCACUGUACCAGAUGAAGUUGCUAAACCACUCUAUCCUGUAGCUCUUUCUUCUGCACCAGAUUUUGAUAUAGGAUGUACAUGUGAUGACAAGAAGAACAAGUUGGAUGAACUCAAUAAGCGCUUUCACAUCAAAGGAACAGAAGAAAAUAGUGCAUCAGCCUUAGAAUAUCAUCUUCAUCAACCAAGUGGAAAAGAAAAUUGUUUCAAGAGGCAUCUUCUGUAUGGGCGUCCUGCAGUACUAUAUCGCACAAAAUACAAUAUCUUGCAUCACCAUGACUUUGAAAGCGGCUACAGCGAAACAUUCCUGAUGCCUCUCUGGACAUCCUACACUAUUUCCAAGCAGGCCGAGGUGUCUGGUAUCCCUGAGCACCUAAGCAGCUGCGUGAGGCCCGACCUGCGCAUUUCUCCAGGGAACAGUCAGAGCUGUGCAGCCUACAGAGGCGACAAACAAAUAUCCUAUGGGUUCCUGUUCCCUCCUCAAUUAAGUUCCUCUGCAGAAGCAAAAUACGAUGCCUUUCUAAUAACAAAUGUCAUUCCAAUGUAUCCUGCCUUCAAAAAGGUGUGGAAUUAUUUCCAAAGAGUUUUGGUGAAGAGAUAUGCCACUGAACGAAAUGGAGUCAAUGUUAUAAGUGGACCGAUCUUUGACUAUGACUAUGAUGGUUUACACGAUACACCUGACAAAAUAAAACAGUUUGUGGAAGGCAGCGCCAUCCCUGUUCCAACUCAUUACUACAGCAUCAUAACCAGCUGCUUAGACUUCACUCAGCCUGCUGACAAGUGCGACGGGCCACUCUCAGUUCUCUCCUACAUCCUUCCCCAUCGGCCUGACAACGACGAGAGCUGCAACAGCCUGGAAGAUGAAUCAAAAUGGGUUGAAGAUCUGCUUAAGAUGCACACUGCACGAGUGCGUGACAUCGAACAGCUCACAAGCAUGGACUUCUUCCGAAAGACCAGUCGCAGCUACACAGAAAUCCUCUCCCUAAAGACAUACCUGCAUACGUUUGAAAGUGAAAUUUAGCUUUCUAACCUUACUCAGUGCAUCCUUUUAUCAACUGGUGUAUAUUUUUAUAUUGUUUUUAUAUUUAUUAAUUUGAAACC